AUGGACUCCCUGGGCGCGAUAUAUUUUAUCAGCGGCAGGGGGGACGUGCUCAUCCAGCGAACCUACCGGGAUGACAUUGACAAGAACAUCCCCGCCGCCUUCCGCACCAAUGUCAUCAACUCCAAGUCCCUGGACUCUGCCAGCACGGCUCCCGUGCGCCAGUUCAUCGGCUCCUCCUUUAUCCACCUCCGGGCGGGGAGCGUGUACCUGCUGGCAAUCACGCGGACCAACUCCAACGCCAUGAUGAUCCUGCAGUUCCUCAGCAAGGUGGUGGACCUCAUCAAGUCCUACUGCCAUGGCGACUUCAACGAGGAGGUCAUCAAGGCCAACUUUGUGCUCAUCUACGAGCUGCUGGACGAGAUCCUGGACUUUGGCUACCCCCAAAUCUCAGAGCCCGCAGUCCUGAAGUCCCUCAUCUUCCAAAAGGGAUUUGUGCUGGAGAGCACGAAGAAGAAGAGGGAGGCGGCGGCACAGAACGCGACCCUUCAGGUGACGGGCGCGGUCGGCUGGCGCCAGGAUAGCAUAAAAUACAAGAAGAAUGAGGUCUUCCUGGAUGCCAUCGAGACUGUGAACAUGCUUAUGAGCGCUCAGGGCAGCGUGCUGCGGUGCGACGUCCAGGGCAGGGUGGUCAUGAAGUGCUUCCUGUCGGGCAUGCCAGACGUCAAGCUGGGGCUGAAUGACAAGCUGGAGGACGUCACCUUCCAUCCCUGCGUCAACCUUGGGCGGUUCCAGGCCGAGCAAGUGGUGUCUUUCGUGCCUCCAGACGGCGAAUUCGAGCUCAUGAAGUACCGAUGCACAGGCGAGGAACCCUGGCCAUGGCCUGGGCAGGGCAUCAACCUGCCCUUCAAAGCUGUGGUCCUGGUCACAGAGAAGGGCCGGACGCGGCUGGAGGUCAGCGUGAAGCUGAAGAGCAGCUUCCCCUCCAACCUUUUUGCCACCAACGUCAUCGUCCUCAUCCCCAUGCCGGAGCAGACAGCGCGUGCCAACUUCCAGCUCAGCACAGGCAAGGCAAAGUACGACCCCAAACGCGGCUCGCUGGUUUGGAAGAUCAAGCGUUUUGCGGGGGAUGCAGAGCAGUCGCUGAGCGCAAGCGUCGAGCAGAUCGCCACGACGCGCGAGAAGAAGGCGUGGAGCCGGCCGCCCAUGGGCAUGUCAUUCCAGAUCCCGAUGCACUCUGCCAGCGGCGUGCGGGUGCAGUACCUCAAGGUGUGGGAGAAGUCGAGCUACAAGGUGGACAAGUGGGUGCGCAAGCUGUGCAAGUCAGGAGACUACCACACCAGGUUCUGA